AUGACUGUUCCUGCUUAUCUGCAUAUCGUUCAGUAUUGUGCGUUUGUCAUUGCAAUUAUAGCUAACAGCCUUUUAUUACAUUUGAUCAGGAUGCGAGCUGGAUUAUCGUUCGGUAGAUAUCGAGUUCUGAUGAUUUCAUUUUCGAUUUAUGCGAUUGUGUAUGCUAAUAUUGAGAUAUUUACGUUGCCAGUCAUGUAUAUGCAAGGUGCCGGAAUGAUCUUCUACGUGGAUAGUGUCCUCAAAAACCACCAGGAUAUUGGACUACUAAUUGCUGUUUCCUACUGUGGAUGUCUCGCUUUUUGCAUCUCCAUGCUCGCCACUCAUUUCAUUUUCCGAUACAUUGCUGUUUGCAGACAACACCAUAUACAUAUUUUCAAUGGAUACAAAGUAUACCUUCUUCUCAUUCCUCCAUUUGUUUUGUUCCUUAUUUGGGCUGGAGCAAUGUUUGUAUGUUAUCGACCGAAUGAGGUCAAAAGGGAUUUCUAUCGCAAAGUCAUAGCAGAUCUUUAUGAAGAGGACAUCGAUCAGGUCGCAUUUAUUGCUCCCUUGUAUUAUACUCACCAAAACGAUGGAAGUGUGCUGUACCGAAUUUCCGACCUGGUUGGUUGUCUGUUGAGUUGUGGAAUAUUGGGCGCCUGCUUCACAACCUGCUCAAUUUGUGCCUAUAAAACUUACAACAAACUUCACGACUCCUCACUUCAAAUGAGCAAAAGAACCCGAUCACUCAGUAAACAACUAUUCUGGACACUCGGUCUUCAAACUCUUUUGCCUUUUAUCACACAGUACAUUCCCGUUGGAUUGGUGUUUUUACUUCCACUUUUUGAAAUCCAAGUUGGAAAGUAUAUAAACUUUGUUGGUGUGUGCUGCAGUUUGUAUCCCGCUUUGGAUCCAUUCAUCGCUAUUUUUAUAAUCGAUCGGUUCCGGAAUUAUCUUUUUAGACGAGAGAGAAUUUCGGAAGUUAAGAUUUCGCAGAUUCCUACGUACACUUCUUAUGGGGAUGCUUCUGUUGCUUGA